AUGAUGACUUAUAUUUCAUUGAUUUGUAUUGCAGUUGACAAUGCAUUAAAAUUGAAUUCAAAAUUUCGCAGCCUUCUCAAGUAUCUAGAAAGUGUGUUGCUACCUCGUAUAAAACAAACAGAGAAGCUAAUAUUUGUUGGACAAGAAACGCAAGAAAUUCGUCACUUAAUAGUGAAACCUAACGCUAGUGGAGAACGACUAAUUAUUGCUGGGCCAAAGGAUAUAAAAACGAAGUCCGGUAAUCGGAUUCAUAUUGGUGAUCAAAUUCUAGCACUCAAUCAGUAUCUUCUUCAUACUGUAUCAUCAACCGGAAAAUCUCAUACGGAUCCUGUUCACUCAAUUACUUUUACACAGUAUAGUGAUGUAUCAAAUGAAUGUUCCAAGAUAAAUUCAUGCAACACUAAGGAUUAUCGGUUAGCAGGAAGACAGAGCAGUGAUGACAAUGUUAAGAAGAAACAACGAAAACAAUCAAAGUCAUCAUCAUUAAAUUGCUCAAAGUUUACGAGUAAUAAGACGAGAAAUAAGAGAGUAAAACAAAAUGAAGCAGAUGAAAGAUCAACAACUGCGUUAAACUUAAUCUUAACUCAAACAAAUGAUGAUGAUGAUGAUGAUAACGAUGAUAAUGAUAAUAAUAACGGUGAUGAUGAUGAUGAUCGUGAAAUGCUUAACCAGGAUGCAAUAUGGAAAUUUGAUAGUGAGAACGUUGCAGCGGUGUUGUCACCAUCUUUCACUUCUUCAACAGCAAUAAUUGAUCGAUACGAAAAACUUAUUGAAAUUUUUGAUAGUGAUAAGGUGUACGGUGAUAAAUCAAAUAAUUAUACAAAAUCAAUUAUUAUUGUCACAUUGUUGCGUCAAUCACCGCAAAUGGUCUUGACAAGUGAUUGGACUGAGGUAGAAAUUAUUCACCUACCAAAUAUUCCUGGCGUUGGAUUAGGUUUUGGUAUUGUUGGUGGUACUUCAAGCGGCGUUGUUGUCAAAACAAUUUUGCCUGGAAGUGUUGCUGAUAAGGAUAAACGUUUGUGUCCAGGUGAUCAUAUAUUAAGAAUACGUGGCAUUAACGUACACGGAAUGAGUCCACAACAAAUUGCUACUUUGCUUAGACGACAAGACACACUGGUUGAAUUGGUAGUGGGAAGACCAGCGCUUACUUCUACUAAUUCUUGUAAAAAUUCUGAAAGCUGUUGGACAAUGCCAACACGUGACGCUUUGUGUCGUGAAAGUUUGGAAGAACAAAUCCGGAAACAUACUGGUUCCAUGACGACAACUUCAAAUAUCUUAUCAGAUAUUGAAGCAGCAGAAAUAGCAACAACGCCGACGACAAUAAACAAAUCUUUUGAUGGAUAUGCGGGAAAUCCAGGACCAUCAGAAAUUGUCUCUGCCAUCAUAGAGGCAACAAAUUCGAAUGAAAUACAAAAUUAUACAAUAAACGAUGGAAACGAAUCGAUUUCAAAAGUGCCUUCAGGGACGCAUAAUUCAUUAAAAAACAAUAAUGAUUUGUCAGAAACAAACAGUACUCGAUCACUUCGACAACUUCAGGAGAUGGCAUUGUCAAUAUUUGCACAUAUAAAUUGGAUUCCUGAAAAGUAUGAAAUAAUUGAAGUGGAAUUAUGCCGUGAUCCAAUUGUUGGACUUGGAAUUACAAUUGCUGGUUAUGUUCAUAAAAAAGAAGAGAUAAGCGGUGUUUUCGUCAAAUCAUUGGUGCCUAAUUCAAGUGCUUUUCAUUCCAGAAAGAUACAAUUAAAUGAUCUCAUUUUUGAGGUAUCUAAUUCAAUUCCUUUUUUUUUUUGUUUUGAAUUUAUUAUUAAUUAA